CGGUGAGGUGGGAGGAGGCCGCCAGGCUCCGUGGGGGGGCGCGAUGGACAAAUUCCGGAUGGUCUUCCAGUUCCUGCAGUCCAACCAGGAGUCCUUCAUGAACGGCAUCUGCGGCAUCAUGGCCCUGGCCAGCGCCCAGAUAUACUCAGCCUUCGAUUUUAACUGCCCCUGCCUGCCCGGCUACAACGCAGCCUACAGCGCUGGCAUCCUGCUGGCGCCGCCCCUGGUGCUGUUCCUGCUGGGCCUGGUCCUGAACAACAACGUGUCCAUGCUGGCUGAGGAGUGGAAGCGGCCACCAGGCCGCCGGGCAAAGGAUCCCGCCGUGCUGCGCUACAUGUUCUGCUCCAUGGCCCAGCGCGCCCUCAUCGCGCCUGUCGUCUGGGUGGCCGUCACGCUGCUGGAUGGCAAGUGCUUCCUCUGUGCCUUCUGCACCGCUGUGCCCGUGACUGUGCUGGGCAACAGCAGUCUGGCACCCAGCCUUACCCCGCCAGAGCUCGCCCGCCUGCUGGCCCGGGUGCCCUGCCCGGAGAUCUACGACGGCGACUGGCUGCUGGCCCGUGAGGUGGCCGUGCGCUACCUGCGCUGCAUCUCCCAGGCACUGGGCUGGUCCUUCGUGCUGCUGACCACACUGCUGGCGUUUGUCGUGCGCUCUGUGCGACCCUGCUUUACACAGGCCGCCUUCCUCAAAAGCAAGUACUGGUCCCACUAUAUUGACAUUGAGCGCAAGCUCUUCGAUGAGACAUGCACGGAGCAUGCCAAGGCCUUCGCCAAGGUCUGUAUCCAGCAGUUCUUUGAGGCCAUGAACCAUGACCUGGAGCUGGGUCACACCCACGGGGCACUGGCCAUGGCCCCUGCUAGCUCAGCUGCCCCAGCUACCACUGACGGUGCCAAGGAAGAGAGGGAGAAGCUUCGAGGCAUCACCGAUCAAGGUGCCAUGAACAGGCUGCUCACAAGCUGGCACAAAUGCAAGCCACCCCUGAAGCUGGGCCAGGAGGAGCCCCUGAUCGGCAAUGGCUGGCCAGGGGGCGGCCCCCGGCUUCCACGCAAGGAGGUGGCCACCUACUUCAGCAAAGUGUGA